AUGGCUCCGCCCGCGAAGCGCCGCCGGCGGAACGCGGUUGAUUCGGCCGACAAUCACGAUGACGACGGCGACUACGACGACGGGCCGCCACCAUCGCGCGCCAACACGCUCACCAACUUUCUCCUCUCCUCGCCGAGCUCCCCCACGAAAACUCGGAUAGCGACCGCGUCCCCGAGCCCGAGCAAGGGCCGCGGCGCCGCGGCGGCGCCCUCCAAGAACGGCACAAGCGGUAGCCCUAGGAAGAGCUCGCUCUCAAGGAACGGCUCCGUCGGCCCGAGCCCUCGCAAGACGAGGGCCGGGGUAGGCCGGGGUAGCGAUGAGAAGGGCAAGAGCGGAGACCUCAAGCUGCUCUUCUCGAAGCAGGCCCAGCGCGCGUCCAAGGCUCCGUCCACGGGCGGCGACAAGAGGCCGCCGCCGAUCGACGACAUCAUAAGCGACCCCAUCUCGGAAGUCGACGAGAUUUCUGAGCUCAAAGCGAGCUCGUCGAGCCUGGUAGGCCAGCAUGCGCGGAAACGACAACGGGGAUCUAUUCAAAAUGGAUCAUUCGAAUCGACGACAUCCAGCCAGCGAUUCUUAAAGCCGCCACAGCUGGUCAACGUGGACGACGACGAUCUCCGGCCGUGGUCCGAGCGCUUCGGCCCGCGAAACCUCGACGAGCUCGCAGUACAUAAAAAGAAGGUGGCUGACGUCCGACGGUGGCUGGAAGAAGUAGUUGCCGGCCGGAUGAGGCAGCGUCUCCUGAUUCUCAAGGGCGCCGCGGGGUCUGGCAAGACGACGACGGUCCGCCUGCUGGCUAAGGAGAUGGGCUGCGAGCUUCUCGAGUGGCGGAAUCCCGUCGGCAAUGCAGGGACCGGAUUUGUGUCCUCUUCAGCCCAGUUCCAGGAAUUCCUCGGUCGUGGAGGCAAGUUUGGCGCUCUCGACCUCGAUAGCCCCACGCCGACAUCUGGCAACGCAAACAUGGAGAGCGAUAAGCGAAUUAUGCUCAUAGAAGAGUUUCCAAACACCUUUUCCAGAUCUUCCUCUACUCUGUCGUCCUUUAGAGGAGCGCUGCUACAGUUUCUGUCAAAUCAUGUGCCAUCGCUGUCCAUGUUCUCGCAGCAUGGCCGACGGGAGCCUGUUAAGCCCGUCAUUCUGGUCAUCUCGGAGACGCUUUUGACGACAACUUCGGCAUCUGCAGACAGCCUCACAGCGCAUCGCCUGCUAGGCCCGGAAAUCUUGGGUCACCCCGGUGUCGGCGUGAUAGAGUUCAACGCCAUCGCCCCUUCAUUACUAUCCAAGGCUCUUGAGCUCGUUGUUCUGAAAGAAGCAAGGAAGUCAGGUCGCCGGCGGACGCCUGGGCCGAUGGUCUUGAAAAGGCUGGGUGAGAUUGGGGACGUCCGCAGCGCCAUAUCAUCGCUCGAGUUCCUGUGCCUCAAAGGAGACCAAGAUGCAGACUGGGGCGCCAAAGUUGCCUUUACGAAACAAAAGAAGAGCACCAAAGAUGGAAUCAACAUGACUCAAGGGGAGCAGGACAGUCUGCAGUUGAUCUCUCAGCGAGAAGCAAGCCUGGGCAUAUUCCACGCCGUCGGCAAAGUCGUAUAUAAUAAGCGAGAGGAAAAGGCAUCCGGCGAUGAUGCAGAGAUCUUACCAAGCUAUCUAGCUGAAAAUUCACGACCAAAAAAGUCGCAAAUAUCAGUCGAAACACUAAUUGGCGAAACGGGCACAGACACGCAUACAUUUAUUUCCGCUCUACACGAAAACUACAUUCUAUCUUGCGAGAGUACUGGGCCGAUGGACCUUUCCACGCCGAUGGACUAUGUCAAUGAAUGCGUCGAGCAUCUGUCACUCAGCGACCUGAUGUGUCCAUCCUCAGACGUCUUCUUUGGCGGACGCGGUGGCUUUGCUGGUCGAGAUUCCGGCAGCCAUGUGCUUCGGCAAGACGAGAUGAUGUUUGAGGUGGCCGUUCGCGGCAUGCUCUUCUCGCUCCCCAAUCCGGUCAAGCGGAAGACGACAGGCAUGGCGAGGAGCAGCGACGCCUUCAAGAUGUUUUACCCCGCGAGCCUGAAGCUGUGGCGAGCCAAGGAGGAGAUUGGCGGGCUCGUCGACGUAUGGUCGUCGCGUCUGCUCAAGGGUGAAGACCAGGUUGCGACGAAGGAAUUGACAGCCGGGGCGAAUGCGUUCCGUCACCCCCCUGUCCUGACCGCACAGUCGACCCAGGGCAGCCAAAUGCAGCCACCAAAACCGCAGGACUCUGUUGCGCAGGACUUUAGCUACAUGCCGAUGCUGUCACUGGGGAGUGCAGCCCGGCGGGAGCUGUUGCUGGAGAGGUUGCCGUACAUGUCACACGUUGCGCGAGCCCGUAAGAACGGUCCGCGAGUGCGUGAGCUGGAAAAGAUUGUCUCGUUUAGCGGCGUCUCCGGGCCCAACGAGGAGGAAGACGAUGAUGCCCUGGACGAGGAGACGGGCACGGGCACGGGCGAGGCAUGGGCGACGGAUAAGCCGUCGGAGGAAGCGAGCCCGCGCAAGAAGCGUCAGGGUAUCAAGUCGGGCGCGGUGACGAGCAUGCUGGCGCAGAAGCUGGUGCUGAGCGACGACGACAUUGAAGACUAG